UUCUAAAACCACACAACGCUCGGGAAUUUCCCGGAAUUAUGGUUUCAUUCUGUUGGGACUUGUGUUAGCGAGCAGUCGCCUUGACCUUCGUUUCCUCUCCGGUCCUCACUUGUCCACUGUGCGUUCCAAAGAUCUUAUGCUCUGCUAUAGGAUCUUUGGUGCGUUCUGCUGGCCACCUGGCGUCGGAUUACCUGCACGUUUAACAGCAAGGACUACUGCAAAAGGCGCAGGCUCCUUCCUGUGAGUUCUGCUUGUACACCAGUACCAUUCACCGCCGCCUCCGCUUCGGAACAGUCACCCUGAAGCGAAAGUCAGGAAACUGAAAGUCGAUGAGAGGGAGAGAUAUUGAAGCCAGCGGCAGGGUGACUGACGGGGAGCUCCGGUAAAUAGAGCAGUACAUCAUUGGAACAGGCUCUUCGACUCACAACAAUCUGUGCCAACUAAGAUGGUGAACCGAAUUAUGGAUUUAAUUUUUCAGCUAAACUUUUGUCUUUUCUUCAUUCUGUUUGAAAGCACACACUCUGUUCAAAUGUUCAUGACUUUUAACUGUAAGAGCCCAGUGAGAGGAGAAUUUAACAUGGACACGGAACUACCAUGCAGCCUGAAAACAACAGGGAUCAGAACAUUUACCACCAUUAAAUUACGGAAAGAUGGGAAAACUCUUUUUACCUUCGACACACGAGAACACAACGAGAGAUUUCAGGGACAAAUUGGAUUACACCAUCUAGAUUAUGCGAGCUUCUCACUGAUUAUCCAACGAACCAAACCAUUCAAUGGUGGGAUGUACAAUUGCAUUAUACGCACUGAUCAGGGCCAUGGCAGUGCUGAUAUCGUGUUAGUGUUUAAAGCUCCAUACAGUUCGCCAAAUAUGACCUUACUUGAAGAAUCUAUCAGUUGCGAAACAAUGGGAUAUCCUCCUGCUCAGAUUCACUGGAUGCUCAAUGGAGAAAGAAACCUCACCAAUAUAUCAAGAACCGACAGAGAAAACACAACGGAAGGUCUGGUUAAAAUCACCAGCAAACUUCCAAUCAACCUAUCCAAAGAUAAUCCAGAGAAUAGCUAUACUUGUUCUGUAUGGAAUGAGGCAGAGGGAAGAAUUGAAGUGGAUGCAUCCUCAUCAAUUUCAAAUCUUGUCGAAUUGAACCCAGAACAGCAAAGAGAAGAAAAGAAGAAAAAGGUUCUCACUGCAGUCUAUGUCAUUAUUGGAGCUCUGCUCUCUGGGAUACUUAUCCUGGGUCUUUUCCUACUCAGGAAAAGAUACAGUCCAGAUCAAAGCCACAAACCAGAAUAUAUGCCACCAUUGUAAUGUCCGGAACAGUGCAACUGGUAAAUUCAAUCCACUGAGCCAGCGUUUUGCAACGCAAUGUUUUAUCGGUUUGCUCAUCUUAUUGUGCAACUGAGCAACUUCAGCAUCUGCCACAGAGAUUGCGAAAAUCAUUGUAGCCUGAAAAGUAAAAUUAUGCUUUCACGAUCCAGUGAAUGGAGCAAAGAACGAUGGCACUUUGAUGAGCUCCGCCACUCGUUUUGUUUGACGUCACCAACAUCAUACAUUGAUUAUUCGCACUUAGUAAAACACAACGGCACGGUGGCGCAGCGUUGGAGUUGCCGCCUUACAGCGCCGGAGACCUGGGUUCGAUCACGACUAUGGGUUCUAUCCGCACAGUGUUUGUACAUUCUCCCUGUGACUGUGUGGGGUUUCUCCAGGUUUUCCAGUUUCCUCCCACAGCCCAAAGACGUGCAGGUUGGUUGUAAAAUUGUAAAUUGUUUGUAGUGUGUAGGCAAGUGCUAGUGUACGAGAUGAUCGCUGGUCGACACAGAUUCGGUAGGCCAAAAUCAAAAGAAAGACUGGAUACAAAAGAGGCCAAUCAGCUUCCCUAAGGAAUAACACUGCUUUACACAUAGAAUGCUUAAUAAAUCAAAGAGCCAGCCACCAUAAAUGUAUAAUAAAAGAGAAGAACAUCUUCGGCUCAGUUGCACUUUGAAAGUUUGCUUCCUGUGGGUUGGUAACGGAACAACCAUGAAGAAGUUUUUCUGCAGGACUGCACUUCCCACAAUAUAAAAGAGGAAACGUUCUUUGCCAACAGCUACUCUGAAUGAAUCAACAGAACUUGUAUGUCGCCCAAUUGCAAAGCUAUUUUGAUCUGUGCAACACACGUAUUAACAUUUUAGAGAGUUUUUCAUUUGUUCUCUUUCCAACUAAAAUUAUUUUUGUCACUUUAAUGGAUGUUGAACCAUCUCUGGUAAGUUAACCUACACUACUGCUUGUAUGAGCCAAGCCAAUGAAUGUGAGCUGGUCAUUUAACUAUGUAAGAUUUGUCAUCAGUCCCUAACACUUAAGAAAAUUUGGUGACACAGUUUGUAGCAGUCCUAAAAUGCAAAUAAUAUCCAGUGCAUGCUGUAUUUUUUACAAGAGUUCACUAUUUCAUUGAAGUAACUGAUUCAAACCCAAUGGAAGUUGUGGUCAUGUAUGCAAUGUGAAAUCUAACACAGGCUAGACUCAGAGUCUAUGUUAGAAUGGAGAAACAAGAAACCGCAGGUGCUGGUUUACAAAAAAUUACACAAAAUGCUGGAGUAACUCAACGGGUCAGCCAGCAUCUCUGGUGAAGGUGGAUAGGUGAUGUUUUGGGUCGGAACCCACCUUCAGAAUGAACUUUCGUCUGAAGAAGAGUCCUGUCCCGAAACAUCACCGAUUUACCUCCAGCAGAGAUGCUGCCUGACCCGCUGAGUUACUCCAGCAUUUUGUACCUUUCUUCUUCUUUCAUGUGGCGUGCACAGCCUAACGUUGUUGGACAACUUUGAUCUUCCGUUUGUGCACGUCGAGUUGAUUGCAUUAGUCGAAACAGGGCGGACCACGUGAAGGUUGCAAUCUUCCACCCCUGUGUCUUUCUGUUAGAAUGAGACUGGCUGAGUUUAUUCUGCUUAUUUUAUUGCCAGAAGAGCCAAAAAAAAAGUUAUGAACUAAUUAUUUUUGAAUUGUUUGUAGAGUCUAUGAUGCAUUGUUAGCAAUUCUGCCAGGAAAUAAAUAGGUUGUGACCU